CAACCCCAACACAAGUCCACAUCAUCUCUACACACGACCAACCAUGACCUUCGUUACGGUCGCUGCUGCGACCAUUGCGAGCAUCCCAUUAGACUUUGGAGGCAAUCUACAAAAGAUCAAAGAAUCCAUUCGACUUGCCAAAGAAGCCGGCGCAACCCUUCGAACUGGUCCUGAGCUCGAGAUUCCUGGUUAUGGCUGUCUUGAUCAUUUUCACGAGGGCGACACCUUUCUUCACAGCUUUGAAGUUCUUGCCCAAAUAAUAGCAGACCCAAUAUGCAAGGACAUGCUCAUCGACGUUGGUAUGGGCGUCAGACACCGAAAUGUCCGAUAUAAUUGCCGCAUCCUUUGCACAUACAAGCAUGUGUACUGCAUUCGUCCCAAAAUGGCACUCGCCAACGAUGGUCUCUAUCGGGAAGCACGCCACUUUACUGCUUGGGCAAAGAAACGAACCACCGAGGACUACCAGCUCGAAAGCGUGAUUCGCGAGGUUACUGGUCAAGACUUUGUGCCUUUUGGUGAUCAGAUCCUCAUUACUCGUGACACGGAGGUUGCUUGCGAAACUUGCGAAGAACUCUUCACGCCUUCUAAUCCCUCUACCUACUCUGGUCUUGACGGAGCAGAGAUCAUUCUGAAUUCCAGUGCAUCUCAUGCGGAAUUGAGGAAGCUCAAGACGAGACUGGAUUUGAUCGCCAAUUCAACUCGCAAGCUUGGCGGCCUUUAUGUGUACGCCAACGCUACGGGAGUCGAUGGUGAUGCCCGUAUAUUGUUCGAUGGCAGCAGUAUGGUCAUCUGCAAUGGCACCGUUCUUGCGCAAGGAUCGCAAUUCUCUUUGUCAUCAGUGGAGGUCACCAUUGCAACAGUCGAUCUUGAGAAAGUGCGCAGUUUCCGUACUUCUGUCAGUCGCAAUGUACAAGCCUCUCACCAACUCGAGUUUCCCCGUGUUCGAGCGGACGAUCUGGUUCUGUCACGCUCCGCCGAGGAAAUCUUCCUGUCCGACAAAUUGGUCAUUUCCCAACCCAUCGACCUCAAGAUCAUGGAUCCCAUGGAGGAGAUCCACUAUGCUACCGGCGUUUGGCUAUGGCAAUACCUUUCCCGAACCAACUCUCCCGGCUACUUCCUUGCAUUGAGCGGUGGAUUGGACUCGUCUAGUGUUGCGCUCUUCGUCUACGGCAUGGCGAAACUCGUCAUCGCGUCCAUCGAAGCAGGCGACGAAACAACAUUGGCCGAUCUCCGACGCAUCACAGGCGAAAAGGACUUCAAACCCACCCAACCCCAGGAAAUCAUUUCCCGAAUCCUCCACACCUGCUACAUGGGCACCGUAAAUUCCGGAGAAGACACAAGGUCGCGCGCAAAGAGACUCUCCGAGCGAAUCGGCGGCUACCACUCCGACAUCACGAUCGACGAGGCCGUCACUGCGCACGAGGCCAUCAUCACCAAAGCACUCAACUUCAGCCCCAAGUAUGGCGUCGAAGGUGGAUCACCGGCUGAGAACCUCGCAAAGCAGAACAUCCAGGCACGCAAUCGCAUGGUGGUCCAGUACGAGCUCGCGCAGCUCUCGACGACUGCACGAAAGACACCUCGCGCUGGCGCCGCACUCCUUGUCCUUGGAUCAGGAAACGUGGACGAGAACUUGAGGGGAUACUACACGAAGUACGACGCAUCGUCAGCCGAUAUCUCUCCGCUGGGAAGUAUAUCAAAGAACGAUGCUAAGUCCUUCCAAGCUUGGGCGCUCAAGGAAUGGGACCUACCUAUAAUGGACGAAUUCAUCCAUGCUACUCCCACGGCCGAGCUUCUGCCCUUGUCGGCUGGAGUGCAAGACGACGAGUCGCCCAAUGAGAUGGGCAUGAGCUAUAACGAGCUCUCCGUGUUCGGCAUCCUGCGAAAGAUUGACAAGCUUGGUCCGUGGUCUGCCUAUCAACGACUGUUGGGAGACUGGAAGAACCGCCCAGGUUAUGGCCCUGAGGAAAUUGCCAACAAGGUCAUCCUGUUCUACCAAAAGUACGCCAUGAACCGCCACAAAGCCGUCAUCAUCACACCGAGCGUCCAUCUCUCCGGCUAUAACCCUGACGACAAUCGCCACGAUCUCCGACCGUUCCUGUACAACAUCCACUGGCCCUGGCAAUUCAACAAGAUCCGAGAGAACGUGAAACUACUGAAGUCGAAACUCGCAGAGAAGGAGUCCAAGGAUGGAGGCGUGGACUAAUCGAUCUUGUCGCCCCGCCCAUCAAGCAAGAUAUUUGUGGCUACUAGGAUGCGGUGUGUAUAUAUGGUGCAUAGCACAGACCGACUACAACAAGUCUAGAGAAUAGAUGAGUACAUAACAAUUCAUCGCAGAAACACUACAACCACCCUCCUUCCCUUCUCUCUCUCGCCACAUUUCAACCUGCGUUGACUGUCAUCAACUAACCCACAAUCGCAACCACCACUUCCGUACUAUCGACCCAAACUAGAUCAAGUACAAAACCAGACCUUCAAGAAA